UCAAAUCAGGGCCCACAUCGUAGAAAUCUAUCUAUUUCCUUUCCAUUCAAAUUCUCACCCUUAUUUAUACCAUACUUAACAAUAUCCUCUUCGUCUCCCUCUCACCUUCUCCAAGCAAUUCCUUGUCCAUUUCACACUCACCUUCACUUCCUCAAUAAGCACCACGUAGCUCAUACCCUUCCUUGUAGUUCUUUACUCUACUCCCACCCAUUUGGCAUAUCACUUGUUAACUUGGCCUUGUCCACUUCGAUAAUCUGCUUAUGGUGACAAGUUUCCUUUUUUAUUUUUGGAACAAUUCACCAACCAAUGCUUAAAUGCCAAAUACUUGCGAGUCUAGUGACUGUGCAGUGUGCAUAAGCUGAAUUCAAGGCCUUAGCUGCAACAACAUGGAAGAGAGAACCAAGAGGAAACAUUUCAGUCUGAUCAAUGAACUAAUCCAAGGAAAGGAGCUAGCAAAGCAGCUCAGUAACCAUCUGGUCUCUUCUUCUCCAUCAUCCCAUGAAACCAAUGAAUUCUUGAUUGAGAAGAUACUUUCUUCCUAUGAGAAAGCACUCACAGUGCUUAACACGGGGACUGUUGUGGGAGAGACUAUGACCACAAGUGGCAACAUGAUGGAUUCCCAUUGUUCUACCAAUGGGAGCCCCAGAAGUGAGGUCGUGGACCGUGAACUUGAGCACAAAUCUGUCUUCAAGAAAAGAAAGACCAUGCCCAGAUGGACUGAGCAAGUGAAGAUUUGCUCAAGAACAGGACUUGAGGGGUCUUUGGAUGAUGGAUAUAGCUGGAGAAAAUAUGGGCAAAAGGAUAUUCUUGGAUCCAAGUUUCCAAGAGGAUAUUACAGAUGCACACAUAGAAAUGUACAAGGGUGCCUGGCAACAAAGCAAGUUCAAAGGUCAGAUGAAGACCCAACCGUAAUUGAGGUAACCUACAGAGGAAGACACACGUGCAUGCAAGCUAAGCAUUUAAACAAAGCAUUCCCAUCAAACAUAAAGAUGAAUUUGGGGGGAAAUCAAUUCCACUAUGAUCAACAACUACAAGAGAAAAUACAACAAACCCCAAAUGGAAUUUUCACGUUUGAAACAGAUUUUAAAGUCAAAACAGAGGAACUGGAAAUGGAAACCAAGGAGGAUAUCUUCCCAUGGUUUUGCUUUUCUUCUCCAUCAAUUGGAUCAGAAAAUGAAGACAACAACAUGUUACUCGAAACCAUGAUUGAAAAUCAUUUCAUGGAAAGCUUUUCUCCUGCAUUCAUAUCACCAGUGACUUCAGAAUCAAACCUUUUCUGUGUGUCAGCAUGCCACUUGGGUAGCACUGGACUAUGCCAAAACAUACAAACCUCAGAAUCUGAUAUCACUGAGAUAAUUUCAGCCCCAACUUCAGUCACCAACUCCCCAAUCCUGGAUUUGGAUACCUUGCUUCAUAAAGGUGAUUUUGACACGGAUUUUCCUUUCAACACCGCUGAAUAUUUCUCUUCACAAGACUUUGCAUGCACUUCCACGUAGAUAGUAAGAGUAAAGAACAGCAUAGUCAUAGUCUGUUUCAGAUUAACGGGUGAGUUCUAGUCUCGUAGAUCUUGACUAAGGAGGGUAAUCAUAAGUCCUGUUGAUAAUAAGUGAAGACGAUGAAACCUCCCUCACCUAUCAUUCUAGUUUGGAGAGAUUCCCUGCAUGUAAUGUACCUUUACUUAGGUAGUAAUGCGCUAAUAAUCUGUAGCUGUAAACUACUUAUGCAUUUUCUUAAUUCACUGGUACUUGGUUCAUAUGUUUUCUUUUGGCUCCAGCAGGGAUGCAAUUUCUGAAAUCAAUGAAUUUUAUCGCAUAGUGUUGGCUAGAGAAAAGUGAAUGUGAUCAAUUUAAC